GUUAACUUGUGCCUCCCCCGCCGGCAUGACGCCCGCGCCCCACUCCUCGCACCCCCAGGCCUGGGGCCCGUUGAUACAACCAUCAGCCGUGAAAUCCGAACCAAUGGACGACGCGAGUUUCGUGAAAGAUCAAGCCAGCGGCUUCUACUCCGAGGGCUUUCACAGCGCGUCCCCGUCCUCCUCCAGCAAGGACUCCAACGGACACUCGCCCCGCAGCGUCGGCAGCUCCGGCGACCCGUCCCCGUACUACGACGCCAUGCCUCUCAAAGCCAAGGCCAACCUAGGCAUGCACCUCGACGCCUACCGCGGAGGUAUGCCCUACAGCCUCCUCACGCCCCCCGGCUUCGAGCCCCGCGCCAACGAAGGCCGAGUCCCCUCGCCCGGCUACGAAACGUCUUAUUCCCCGAGAACGUUAGCGCCCCCCGCUCACGUGUCGACCCCAUUAGCGCGUGCCGACGCCACGCCGCCCAAAUCUCCCCCUAGGACCCCGUCCUCGCCCGACAGGGAUCACGACAGGCGAUCAUUCGACCGCUUCCAAGAUUCCGGCUACGACGCGCAGGGAAAACCCGACGCCGACGACGGUCGCGACGGCUCCGGACUAGACGACGACUUUGACGAGGAACCCGGCCUCCGCGUCCCGGCCGUCAACUCCCACGGCAAAGUCAAAACUUUCAAAUGCAAACAAUGCGAGUUCGUCGCCGUCACCAAACUCAGCUUCUGGGAACACAGCAAGGAGCAUAUCAAACCCGAGAAAAUGCUUUGCUGCAGAAAGUGCCCGUUCGUCACCGAGUAUAAGCAUCACCUAGAGUACCACAUGAGAAACCACCUAGGCUCCAAGCCAUUCCAGUGCAGUCAGUGCUCGUACUCCUGCGUCAACAAAUCAAUGCUCAACUCGCACCUCAAGUCCCACUCGAACGUUUAUCAAUACCGUUGCGCAGACUGCAAUUACGCGACCAAGUAUUGCCACUCUUUGAAACUGCACCUGCGCAAAUACCAACAUAAUCCGGCCAUGGUACUAAAUUUAGACGGGACGCCUAACCCGUUGCCGAUAAUUGACGUGUACGGCACUCGCCGUGGGCCCAAACAAAAACCGAUGUCAAAAAUGUUUGAACAACAAGUAAUGAACAACAAUCAGCCACCGCCGCCGCCACCGCCGACGCACCCGCUAUUUGGCAACCAUUUCCCGGUAAACCUACCGAACUUGCCAUACUUGCCGCCUCUGCUACCUCACUCUUUUCUCUUCCCACCGAACAACAGUUACGAGUCUCGGACUUCUCCUAAGCAUUCUGAGACUAUACCAGAAAAACCACAAAACAUAACCCCACCGCCUUCUAUUUUGCAUCAGCGUUUGUCGUACGGAGAGCGCAUGGAAACUAAUUCGUCGCCUCCAGCUAAGUCCCCAGUAAGCUUACCCCGCACGCCACCUGCAAGAUGCGUCACACCUGUUCAAACUAACGACGCCCUCGACCUGACAAACGUAAAGACGAGCGAAGCUGGAUCGCCUCCGCCUAAUUCAGAUAAAUAUAUGCCAGUGACACCCACCACUAGCCUCAAACACCGAAGAAAAGGGCCCGCUUUUAAACUUCAGCCCGCUGCGUUGCGUCUACAACAUGAAGAUGACAAACCGCAAAAAAUAGACGUGUCCGAGUCCGAAUCAGAGGAAGAAACGCCGUCGACGACCGCACAGAACACUUAUACAUGUCAAUACUGUGACAUCACCUUUGGGGACUUGACCAUGCAUACGAUUCACAUGGGUUUCCAUGGUUACAACGACCCCUUCAUGUGUAAUAAGUGCGGGGAGCGCAGCGCGGACCGCGUAGCUUUCUUCAUCCACUUAGGUCGCGCUCAGCACGCUUAGCGCCCAAAACCUUUAGAUUCGAAACCUAAUAUCCCUAGUCACGCUCGCUUGUAUGUACUUUAGUAUGUAAUGUAAUUAAAAGUUCAAAAGGUAGCGGUAGAAUUUGUCAGUUCUAAACAUUGUAGGCCAAAGAAUAUUCAGUCUUGUCAAAUUUUCUUUUCUUUUGCAUUUGACGAUAAUAUUGUAAAUAUUGUUAGAUUUCAAAUAGAUUAGUUUAGCGUAUAGAUAUGUUACCCCUGUGUUAUAGUUGCUAGGCGUUAGAAACGAGUGACCAAUGUGUAAACAAGACUGUAUCUUUUGAUUAAGUACAAAAAGUAAACGAAGGCAAAGUUUAUGAUUCCUCUUUUCUGUGCGAGUUCGAUCGGGUUCGAAUCGAAAUAGUUAUAUCUAUUAACUAAAUCGAUUUGGACUCGAUCGUUUUCAAUGUGUUAUUGUUGAUAGAAUUGUAUAAUUUCAAAGUACGGUGAAGUUACCUAUUAGCUUUAGUUGUAUAUGGGUGCCGAGAUCCUAGUGUAGAUUGUAACUUAGCGUAACUAAUUUAAGUAAAACAGAGUGUAUUUAUAAUUGAAAAGAUUUAUAUUAUUUAUUUAUCCUUAUACUGCGUGUAAUUAAUUUGUGGGCAUGGAUUUUGUUGAAAUGUUUCCUGCGUUAUUUUUUUUCUGUUAUCAGAGUGCUGUUUUGAUUUGUCUAAUUUAAAAACUUUGGUUUUUCUUAUCGAGUACCUAAUUAAAAUCACAGACCGUAUUUACGAGCAAUUUACCUCUGAAUUUUAAAAAUAACUUCAUAGUAUGUAAGUACACAAUAUGCCUACAAUCUUAAUGGUUCAUGUUAAUUUAAAUACAGAUUUUUUAAGUUAUAAAAUAAAGAAAAACCACUUUAAAUUUAAAUUACUCGAAUUUAAACAACACUCCUGUAGGAGACUUUCUAUUUUUUAUGUCAACAAUGUCAAAAUGUGUCAUAAUUUUGGCGUAACUUUAUUUGUGAGAACGUUAUUACUUUGUGUAAUAAUAAUGACGAUUGAUAUUUAAUCAUGUACCUUAAUUAAGUUAUUAAAUGUAAUUUAAAUGAAAAAUGUUUGUG